AUGGACACCAAAUUAAGUCCAAACAUGAGGUCGACUAUAAAAUUGAAACUUUCGAUAGAUAUUCAACGCUUACUAUUGCGAGGAUUGAAAGACAAAACGCCGCAAAUUAUACUUGUAUUGCGACCAAUGCUUUGGGAACUGAUAGCCAAAGUGCUGUUCUUACGGUCAAAGGAGGGAUCGCCUCCUGUUUUCUUUGAGUGGGCUAUCAAUGGACAGACCGUUAAAUCGGGUCCAGAAGUGAACUAUAAGAUUGAAAAUUAUAAGAAGUUUUCCACUUUUACUAUCGAUGAGAUCCAGAGGAAUGAUUCCGCGAACUAUACGUGUAUUGUUAGGGAUUCUGUUGGAAGUGAUAGACAAACGGUUUUGUUAACGAUUAAUGUACAAGAGGGAAGUCCUCCCCUCUUCUUCGAGUGGUCACGCAAUGGACAGCAAAUUAAAUCCAGUCCUGACGUUAACUAUAAGAUUGAAAACUAUAAGAAAUUUUCCACUUUUACUAUCGAUGAGAUCCAGAGGAAUGAUUCCGCGAACUAUACGUGUAUUGUUAGGGAUUCUGUUGGAAGUGAUAGACAAACAGUGAUUCUCUACAUAACAGCCCUACAAUUAACGCCUUUGUAUCCGAGACAACAAACGGAGGGCUCGUAUUUCCAGAUCACAUGUACGAUACAAGAGGGAAGUCCUCCCCUAUUCUUCGAGUGGGCUAUCAAUGGACAGACCGUUAAGUCCAGUCCUGAUGUCAACUAUAAGAUGGAAAAUUACAAAAUGUUUUCCGCGUUUACUAUCGAGAAGAUAAUGAGAAGCGAUUCUGCAAACUAUACGUGUAUUGUUAGGGAUUCUGUUGGAAGUGAUAGACAAUCCGUUUUGCUUACAAUCAAUGAAGGAUCUGAUCCACAAUUCUUCGAGUGGUCUAAAAAUGGACAGACAAUCAAAUCCAGAUCUGAAGCUAAUUAUAAGAUCGAUAACUCAGAGGGUUUAUCCACUUUUACCAUCAAAUCCAUUGAUAUGUCUGAUGUCGGGAACUAUACGUGUGUUGUUAGCAAUGAAUUUGGAUCUAAUGCCCUAAAACUAACUCCACUAAUGAGUCCUCGACAUCAAAAACAGGGAUCCAUUUUUCAGAUGACCUGUUCAUUACAAGAGGGAUCGCCUCCUGUUUUCUUCGAGUGGGCUAUCAAUGGACAGACCGUUAAGUCCAGUCCUGACGUCAACUAUAAGAUUGAAAAUUACAAAAUGUUUUCCACGUUUACUAUUGAGAAGAUUGUGAGAAGCGAUUCCGCAAACUAUACGUGUAUUGUUAGGGAUUCUGUUGGAAGUGAUAGACAAACCGUUUUGCUUACAAUUAAUGCCCCAAAAUUGAGUUCUGGUUUAACCCAUAAGAACCAAACGAUUGGAUCUAAAUUUCUUAUGUCUUGUAAUGUCGAGGAGGGAUCACUUCCAGUGUUCUUCGAGUGGUCUAAAAAUGGACAGACAAUCAAAUCGAGUCCUGAUGUUAAUUAUAAGAUCGAUAACUUUGAGAGUCACUCGACUUUUACCAUCAAAUCCAUUGAUAUGUCUGAUGUCGGGAACUAUACGUGUGUUGUUAGCAAUGAAUUUGGAUCUAAUAGUAGAUCUAUUUUACUAUCAAUUAAUGCCCUAAAACUGACGCCACUAUUGAGUCCAAGAACUCAAAACGAGGGCUCAGUUUUUCAGGUGAUGUGUGCCAUACAAGAGGGAAGUCAUCCCCUAUUCUUUGAGUGGGCUAUCAAUGGACAGACCGUUAAGUCCAGUCCUGACGUCAACUAUAAGAUUGAAAACUUUGAAAUGUUCUCAACGUUUACCAUAAGAAAGAUCUCUCGAAGCGAUUCCGCGAACUAUACGUGUAUUGUUAGGGAUUCUGUUGGAAGUGAUCGACAAUCCGUUUUGCUUACAAUACAUGCACCGAAAUUAAGUCAAUCCGGUUUAACCCAUAAGAGCACAACCAUUGGCUCUAAUAUACAACUCUUCUGUACACUAGAAGAGGGAUCACUUCCCGUAUUCUUCGAGUGGUCACUGAAUGGACAGAUAAUUAAACCAAAUCCUGGCGUUAAUUAUAAAAUAGUUAAUUUCGAAACCCAUUCGAGCCUUAAGUUUGAAAACAUUGAGAGAAGAGAUGCCGGAAAUUAUUCAUGUCUUGUGAACAAUGGGUUCGGAAGUGACGGACAGAGCGUUAGUCUAUCCAUAAGAGUACCCAAAUUGGGUUAUUCUGUGAACCAUAAGACACAGUCUGAGGGCUCAUAUUAUCAGGUGUUUUGCUCAGUACAGGAAGGGUCGGCCCCUUUAUUCUUCGAGUGGACACGAAAUGGACAACAAAUUAAGUCCAGUCCUGACGUCAACACAAAGAUUGAUAACUUUGAGCGCCACUCGACUCUUACGAUCCCUAAGAUUGACAGAAGAGAUGCCGGAAAUUAUACAUCUCCCAAAUUGAGUUAUUCCGGAUCCACACAAAAGAGUCAAACCAUUGGGUCUAUAUUUCAUAUAAGCUGUUCAUUAGAAGAGGGAUCACUUCCCGUGUUCUUCGAGUGGUCCAGAAAUGGACAGACAAUUAAGUCGAGUCCUGACGUCAAUUAUAGGAUUGAUAACACAAAAAGUUUUUCUACACUUACUAUCGAUGAGAUCACAAGAAGUGAUUCCGCGAACUAUACAUCGCCAAAAUUAUCCAAAUAUCUCUCACAUAAGAGUCAAUCGAUAGGCACUGACUUCCAAGUGUUUUGUACGUUAGAGUCGGGAUCUCAUCCCGUAUUCUUCGAGUGGUCACAAAAUGGUCGGACACUUAAGCCGAUUCCCGAAGCGAACUAUAAGAUAGAGAGCUCUAAGAAGUUCUCCACACUUACUAUCGAUGAGAUCACAAGAAGUGAUUCCGCGAACUAUACAUAAACCUACUUUCAGAUAUUCUGUAACUUAGAGUCGGGAUCUUUGCCCGUGUUUUACGAGUGGUUCCGAAACGGACAGACACUCAGGUCGGGUCCGGAUGUCAACUAUAAGAUCGAAAACUUCAAGAAAUAUUCAACUUUUUCUAUCGAUGAAAUCCAGAGGAAUGAUUCCGCGAACUAUACA